AUGAAAUCAUAUCAUGAAGGCUCCUCGUUGGAUAAUUUAGUAGAGAAUUCGCUUUACUUAAUUAAUAAAAGUCGAUUUGAUGGUGUACAGAAAAAUAUUCCAUUUGAAGAAAAAUACUUAAAUAAAAAAAAAUAUUAUGAGCAUUUAAUUGAUUUAAAGUUCUUUGAUAUUAAGAAGAGGAUUACAUUUGUUAGCUCCACUCGUUGGAGUGAUGAUAGGAGAGGUGAUAAGGAUUGUAGUUAUGGUAUUCAUAAUGAUAACCAUAAGGAUGGACAUAAUAGCCAUUAUAACAGCGGAAGAAACGACGGUAGACGCUAUACCGAGAGGAAUAACAGAAAUUGUAGGAGCUUGAAAAGAAGAGGGUGUAACUUAAGAAAUGAAAAUGAAUAUAAUGUAUUUUUUAUACGCAGACAAUGGUGUGAAAAAUAUGAAAGGGAACACCAUAUGUACAUUAACAUGAUAAACAAAAAUGUAAACCAGAGCAAAAACGAAAACAAAAACCCAAGUAUAAGCGAAAACAGAAGCAAAAAUCAGAACCAGUACAACAUGAUAAGUUAUGUCGUUAUAGGAAAACAUAAACACGAGGGAAACAAAUGUUCAUACGAAGAAUUUGUGGUAGAAAUACCGAACUAUAGUGUUGAGUCUGAUGGCUUCUUCGUACAAAUUCAUGUAAAUAAAAAUCAAAAGAAUAUAUUUCUAUUGUCAAGUAAAGAAUGUGUUUUGAUAAGAAAUAAAUUAAUUAUAAAUAAUUUUAUUAGAGCAGAGUUAAUAUUACAUAAUAAAAAGUUUAAUAUAAGUUCAAAAAGGAAAAUAAUAAAAGCAGAAUGGUUUAGCAAGUCUGAUGAUGUAAUAUCUCUUUUAACUUAUGAAAAAGUUUCUGUAUAUAGUUCCUACAUGUGCAAAUUCAAAAGUAUAAUCAGAUUAAUUAAUAUAAAAAACCCUAUUACGGAAGAAAUAAAAAUAGUUGUUCCGGAUGUUGAUAUCCUGCUAUGUAAAAUAAAUAAUGAAGAUUUAAGUUUUGGAACAAAAAGGUUCAGAAAAGGAACAGAUACAAUUAUACAACAAUCAAAGUCCUCUACUGUUGAGCGAGAUGGCGGUAACGAUAAGAAGUGUAUCUUUACUGAUAACAACGAAAGAAAAGAAAGUGGUUCCCCCACGCCCAGUUCAAACAAAAUAAACGAAAAGGAUGAAAAUUUUCACAAUUAUAGUAAGGAUAAGGUAGUAGAAAACUCGAAGUGUACAGCAUAUAAAGGGGGAAGCUGUAUAAAAAAUAAAAAGAGUACAACUAUUCCAUAUGAUAAUAAUACCAUUAAUAAUAAUAUGAAUAAUCUUAAGGAAGUAUUAACAAGAAAAACAGUAAAAGUUGACUCAUUAUCUGACAAUGAUGAGAAAAUAAAAAAAUUGUAUUUAUCGAAAAAGGAUAAGUAUAAAAAUUUGGCAGUUGAUUUUUGCUUUUGUUCUAUUGGUGAAAAUAUCUUGUGGAUCGAAACAAGUUUAUUUGUUCUUCUAAAAAAUGGGAUAGUAUUAAUAUACUUACCAAUAUUAACAAGAAAGUGUUAUAUUAGUUAUUAUUUAUUAUAUCAGUUAAAUGAUAUUAAAGUGAAACAUGAAAAAAAAGAAUUAGCAAAGGAGGAGUACGUAGAAGAAUUUUUACAAUAUUAUGACUAUUUUAAACACUAUUCUGUAAAGAAAUAUAAAAGUAAUUGUGUAUAUGUUAAUUUUGAAAAAACCAUAAAAAUUAAUAAUAUGAAAGAACACAUGUGUUAUGUGCCCUAUGUUCUUACCUGUUUAAAAAAUGCCCAUUAUACAAGUAUAAAUCUAAUAUACUUUAAUAAUAUGGUAAUUAUUUCUGUUUGUGAUAAGUCUGGUUAUAUAUCCUUUUUUUUGUUAAAUUAUUAUAUUACUCCAUUUAUUACAAUGCGUAAAGAAGGAAAUAAACGAAGGGGUCGAAAAGAGGGAGAAGGGAAGGAACAGAAAGAACAGCAAGAACAGAAAGAACAGCAAGAACAGAAAGAACAGCAAGAACAGAAAGAACAGAAAGAACAGAAAGAACAGAAAGAACAGAAAGAACAGAAAGAACAGCAAGAAGCAAAAGCACAGGAAGAGGAGGAAAAAAAAAAAAAAAAAAAAAAAAAAAAUCAUUUUUCAUUCCAAGAAAAGGAAAAAGAAUCAUUUUUUUAUAACAUUUUUAAUAACAGCGAAAAUAUAAUUUUAGAAAAAAUGAAUCCAACACUUUGGAGCAAUUUAAUUAACAAGGAAAAGUAUGACGAUUAUUACAAUAAACUCAAAAAUGCUUAUAAAAUGAAAUUCCUCUUAAACGAAAUAAAUAGCAAAAAGAACAGUAAGAGCUUUUUGCAGAUUUGGUUAAACAACACAAAAAAAGGUACUAAAAUUACUUCAGUGGACGAUAUACUGAUUGGAGAUAGGUCUAGUAGUAGCUCAUAUGAAUACAUGCAGAACGAACACGAACUAGUAAACUGCACCAAGAGCAAAAAGAAAAAGACAAUUUUUACCGAAAUGUUUGUAAAGAGGGAGUAUAAUGGAAAAGGAUGUUGGAAUAUGUUCGAUGAAGUGGGGAACAUGGAACCAUGGAAGGAAGACAAACAAACAGAUGAUAUUUUCCUAUCGUGCUAUGAGGAUAUGAAUGAAAUUAUUGAAAAGGAAGAGGAUUACGAAAUUAACUCGGAAUAUCGUUUAUUACACGUUUUGCUAUUUGACUCAUAUUACACAGGUAUGAGCAAUGCACGAUCUAUUGUUCUCUAUGACAACAACUUACUAUGUUUUAACAAUAAUAAAAUAAUGGUUUUAAAUUUAGUAUGGGUAAGAUUCUUUCAUGUUAUAUUUUAUUUAUUAUAUAUGAAGAAUUUACUAUCAGCCAGGUUACUGUAUGAGAUGUGCCGAAAUAGUAUGUAUAUGAAGACGACAAUUUUUAAAUCUAAAAUAGGUUUUUAUGAAUUUGACUAUUAUAAUUAUUUGUUAUUAGAUCACAGCAAAAAGUUGAGUUAUCAUAAUUUUUCAGAAUUAUUUAAAAGUGAACAAAAGAUACUAUUAAAUAAUGACAAAAAUUGUAUGAACAAUUUUGAUAUAUAUCAGUCAAAUGUACUAUAUAAUAUACAGUAUGUUUUUUAUCCUAUCAUUAUUGAAGAUGACUAUUAUUUGCAUGCUAAUAAGUUGAGAGAUGUAUAUUUUAUAUUUACUCAUUAUAUUAAUUUAGAAUGUCAAAGGAAGGAAAAAUUAUUUUUGAAUCAAAAUAUUAACUUUUACACUCGUUCCAUUUAUAAAAAUUUAUUCUUAAUAUAUGAUUGUUUUAAACUAAAUUUUGUAAAAAAUAAUGAUCAUACCAAAUAUAUGGGAAAAAAAAAUAAUAUGAAUAAUAGAACAACAACACAUGUGAUAGAAAAGAAAAGGAAUAACAAAUCAUUGUGUAUUUUAUCAAAAAAAUGUAAGAAAUUAAGGCACUAUCAGAUCAAUAUAACCACCCUUGAUAGUAAUUGCUUAGAUAUCAAUUUUUACAAAAUGGUGCUCUCCUCUUACAUUUAUUCUCGAUGUAACGAUUAUAUGAAUUACCUAAUUAAAAAUAAUUUGAUACUGUACAAAGGGAAAUGGAGCAUCAACAUGUCCAUAUAUUCCGACAGACAAUCCAAACAGGCAAUAAACAUUCUUAAUACAACUAUUCCCAAGGUGAGAGAUAAAAAUAUGCAUAAUGAUGAACACAAUGAUAAUUUUUAUGGGGAUAAUAACAUUAAUACAGUGGAUAGGGCUACUCAUAUAAGCAAUAGUAUCGGUAGCAUGUAUAUUCAUAAAAAUUACAAAACAUACGUCCAAACAGAUUAUGACAUUUGUGGUAAGGGUACAAAUAAAAACAAAAGUGAAAUAUUAAAUAUUAAGUUAACAAAUAAACUGCCUGAUAUGCACUUAAAUUUUGUGAACAAGGAUAAAACAGCAUUUAUAAAAAAUUUUACCACUGAACAUGUAAAUUUAUCGUCCUUAAGUAGUAACAGCUAUAGAGAUAAUAACAUUUUCCCAAACCAUAAUUGUUAUUCGUCUUUACAAUUUUUAAAAAAUAUAUUUGUCUUACUAGAUAAUAAAGACCCUCAUUAUGAUAAUAAUUUUUUUAAAAUAACAAAAGCUCAAUUUAAUGAAGAAUUGCAUAUGUCUAGAAAUAGUAAACCAUUGCAGAGUUACGAAGACCAAAUGAGUACCGAAACGCUAAUUAAUUAUAUGAAAAAUGUUGUUCUAUUAUUAUCCUCAAAGAACGGGAAAAAAAGAGAAAAUAUAGAAUGUACUUUUUUAAUAAAAAAAUUAAUAAGAAUAAAAAAUGACUAUAUACAUGUUAAGGAUUAUUAUUUAAAAAAAAAUAAAAUAAAUCUGAAUGCUCCAUAUAAGCUAAAGGAUAAUAAAAUAGACUUCUUAGAAAAUAUUAUAAAACCCUACUACUUUUUUUUAGGUCUCAAUUCAUAUUAUGAGAAAAAAUUUAAAAAAAUUGAAAAUGAUAUAAUUCAUAUUUUAGCUAAUAAAAUACUGAAUUUCCUAAAAUUUCAUGCGAAUAUUCAAAAUAUGAGCAAAACGUUAGUUGAAAAAAAUUCAGCAAUAGUUAGAGAAAUUCAGUUAUGCUAUGAUACCCAAAAAGUAAUUCAACAGAAAUUUAAUUUAUUAAAAAAUACAGUUCUUCUUAACAGUUUGAUGAAUUCAGAGAAGUUCAGAAAAAAAUGUGCAUCAGUAGAGUUAGAACUGUAG